AUGCAGUGCGGUUCCUCCACAACUUCAGCUGUCAAGGUCGGAGAGCAGAUCUUCCACUCGUUUCUCGAGAAGUCACAAAGCGGCCCGCUUGGACAGCUUUCUUCCUGCGUGUAUGCCAAGGAAGAAAGCACAGGCGCAAAGACCAACAUGCGGCGCCGGCUUAGCCUGACGGAAUUGGUGCUGCUUUGUCUGCUGGUGAUCUCGAUGUACUACAACACUCGCAUCUUUCACUCUUCUCCAACACCACCACCUUCAUCCUCAACUUGUCCAUCUCAGACAAACACUUUCACAAUGGCUACCGAACAGACCUACAUCAUGAUCAAGCCCGACGGCGUGCAGCGCGGCAUUGUCGGAGAGAUCAUCAAGCGAUUCGAGAACCGCGGCUACAAGAUCGCCGCUCUCAAGAUGGUCCACGCCUCCGAGGAGCACCUCGAGAAGCACUACAAGGACCUCAAGGGCAAGAAGUUCUUCCCCGGCCUCAUCAAGUACAUGGCUUCCGGUCCCGUCGUCUGCAUCGUCUUCGAGGGCAAGGACGCCGUCAAGACCGGCCGUGUCCUCCUCGGUGCCACCAACCCUCUCGACUCUGCCCCCGGCACCAUCCGCGGUGACUUCGCCAUCGACGUCGGCCGCAAUGUCUGCCACGGCUCCGACAGCGUCGAGAGCGCAAAGGCCGAGAUCGCCCUCUGGUUCGGCGAGCAGAACCCUACCAUCCAGUACACCCGUGCCGUCGACUCGUGGGUCUACGAGUAA